CACAGGUGCUUGGGAUGACGGACACCUCGCCACCUUAGUCUUUGUCCUCCCCAUGCUCCCAACCAAAAUGGCACCUCACAGCUCGGCCGCUUGCCACCUUUGCGUCCUCUUCCUCCUCCUGUCCACCGCCACCCUCUCCUCCGCUGCCUCCACCUCGGACUCCUCCCUCUGCGCAAUCCCCUCCCCUGCUCCCAUGAACAUCGCAGCCGGCAAGGAGGAGACCCUCCGACUCCUCCGCUCCUUCCAGCUCAACGCCGGCUACUUCUUUGGCGGCGAAGACAUCCACUUCUCUAAAGAUGAGAGCGACGACUUUUCCUACGUUGCCCGCUCUUUCUCCUUGGUUCCCCACCGCGUCGAUCGCACCAACAACUCCGCCCUCCUCCACGUUGCCGCCACUUUGACCCUCUCCGGCGGCCGCGCCCGCCACCUCCUAGGGGCCCACCGGCGAAGCCAUCGCUACGUGGGUGGCCACUCCGUCUCAUUCAACCUUGAUGGGUACUACUCCAACACCACCGGCGAGCUUUGCAUGGAUGGUUCCGGCACCUACUCCGAGGAGGACGGCUCCCUCGAACACCUCCCGGACGUCGUCCUCCACCUCCGCGUCCCCAACCCGUCCAGCCUUUCGGAUCCCUUCGUCACUGGCCGCGUCAAGGGCGCCGGCUUCGAGGCCAUCUCCCUCGUCGCAUUCGCCGAAGACGACAGUUACGAGUACGGCAAGAGCGCCUCCUGCUGGCCGUCGGAGCCAUCUUCCCCCGCGAGAGGAGCUGUCCAGGCGCUAGGCGCCAAGUUUUCGUGCGCGCACCUCAAAGAGCAGCUCGUGAGCUCGUACAAGCUGCGGUACGGCGGCGGCGCACACGCGUCGAGCGCUUCCCCUCUGCUGCGGCUGCAGGAGCAGCGCAUGCACGUCAGCCAGGUGCAGUGCACCGCGGGCGGCGCCGCGCGCGCGUACGUGGUGUUCUCCAACAACACGAAGAUGCGGGGGGAUCUGCAGCUACGCCCACGCUUCAUGGUCAAGGAGGAGGCGGUCGUCGCCGAAGGGCGCUGGGAUUCUACUAGGGGCAUGCUCUGCCUCAGGGCGUGCCGGCUGGUGCACUUAGGGCCGACGUCCCUGGCGGUGCAGCCGCAGGAGUGCGACAUCGGGAUGAGCUUCUGGUUCCCGGGCGUCUGGACGAUCCGGGACCGGAGCGUCGUUGCCGGCAUGCUUUGGAACUCGAGCCAAGCGGCUGGCAGCAAGAAUGCCAUCAGUGCGAUAUCUGCGUCCAGCAUCGAUGUCAACAACCAUAGAAGCAACUUCUCAGACGUGAAGUACAACUACGAUUACACCAUAGUUGAGAAGGCGAAGAACCAUUAUCACAACCUCAAGAAGAAGGUUAAGGGGUCGUUCCCGGCUGCUAACUAUACUUACCAAGACUUCGAGUUUAGUUUCUUCACGAGCCUGGGGCAUGGAGACGCGUACCCGGUUACGAUCGGGCCAGUGAUGGUCUACGGGGAUCGGCUGGCGGCCGACGAUUCCUUCUCCCGGCAUGCCGUGGUUAACAUGGAUCGCGAGCUGCUGGACGUCAGCUACGACAUACGAAAUUAUGUUCACCAUGCGGGUUGGGUGCGUCCUAAGAACGAGUCGUACCCAAUCAGCUUUGAAUUACGCCAAAUCACAGCAGAAGGUGUCUACGAUCCUAAGACCGGCAUCCUGUGCAUGAUCGGUUGCCAAGAGCUCAACGGCUCGACGGACUGCAAGAUUUUGAUCACUGUUCAGUUCGCCUCGAUUGACGCGCAUGCGCAGGACCGCGGAAGGGGAGUUAUCAGCAGCCUGAGGGACAGGACAGACCCUCUCUUCUUCGAGAAGAUGGACAUCAUGUUCUUCGGAAUGUACAGCGAGCAGAUGUCCGAGGCGAUCUCGCGGAUGGACCUGGAGAGCAUCAUGCUGGUGAUCUCCACGACGCUGCCGUGCGUCUUCACGGUCCUGCAGAUCCUCCACACCAAAAGGAACCCCGAGGCGUCCGCCGCCACGUCCAUCACCAUGCUCGUCGUCCUGGCCCUGGGGUACGUCUACCCUCUGGUGCUCAGUUCCGAGGCUCUGUUCGUGAGCAGGAGGAGGCACUACGUGCCAUUCUGGAGUUACGUGCCGUACGAGCUGAGCCAGAUGAUGCUGAGGGCGCCCACGCUGAUCUCCUUCGUGCUACAGCUGCGCCUCCUUCAGCUGGCCUGGUCCGGCCGGAACUCUGUCGCCGACCAGAGCAAGGCCGAAACGUCGUCGGCCGCCGAGAGGAGAGCGCUCUGGAUAUGCCUGCCAUUGUACUUAUUCGGCGGAGCACUGACCAUCAUCUUCCACGUGAUAAACAACCGUGCCGCACGAGAGGACUCGCUCGCCGUUCGCAUCGGUCCGGAGCCGGCGACGCUGUGGGAGGACCUCGUGUCGUCAGCAGGGCUGGCCCUGGACGGGUUCCUGCUCCCUCAGGUCGUCAUGAACGUGUUCUCGGGCGCCGGGGUUCGAGCCAUCUCGCCGUGGUUCUACGUCGGCUGCACCGUGGUACGCGCGAUGCCUCAUAUCUACGACGUGAUCAGGAUCCAGGGCUACAUGCCGAGCAUGAAGCCGUCGUACGUGUACGCGGGCCCUCGCGACGACCGGUUCGGUGUCGCGUGGGACAUCACUGUACCGUGCGUGACGGCGUUGCUGGCCGUGCUGUUGUUCCUGCAGCAGCGACGUGGUGGCCGCGGCGCCCUCUUGCUUCGCUCGCGGCGGCCAGGUGGAUACGAGAUGGUCUCUACCAUUUAGCGGAAGAUUUUUUUUUCCAGCUUUUCACCUAUUCCAAGCAAUAAUCGUCGUUACCACGGGCAUCUCUCUCUGUGUACAUGUCAUGAAGCUUCGUUGGCAAAUGGAGCACUAUCCGCUGUUCCGUUUUACUAGAAUGUAUAAUUUUGUCUCAAGUGCCAGCUUCAGAGAAGUCUAUGGUUGACGUUUACUUUGAAAAGAAGGCGUGGAUGCAUCGAUGAAUCCAUUGUACUGGUCCUUGAUGGUUCUCAAAUUUCCGCUCCACGCCUACUUUA